GGGGCGCGGCCAGGAUCGGGGGCGGGGCCAGGACGCGGCAUCCAGGAGAGGACGCGGCGGGAGGCGGGCUUCGCUGGUUGCCAGGAGAACCCGCGACAACAAAAGACGCGGGCGGCGGCUGCGCGGUGUGGCAGAGCGAAGCUGAGGAGUCCGGCGCUCGCCGCCAGGGGCCUGGGCUGUCCCGAGCCGGAAUCCAGAUCUUACAUAAGAUGGAAGUCUCUCACACUAGAUACUGAACAUUAAAUAGAAAAUCUAUUUAGUAAAAUCUAAGUUGCCAUGGAAGAAAUACCAGUAAAAGUUGCUGUAAGAAUUAGACCUCUGCUUUGCAAAGAAGUUCUUCAUAAUCAUCAAGUUUGUGUGAGAGUUAUUCCAAACAGCCAGCAAGUUAUCAUUGGGAGAGAUAGAGUCUUCACUUUUGAUUUUGUUUUUGGCAAAAAUUCCACUCAAGAUGAAGUUUAUAAUACAUGUAUAAAGCCCCUAGUGUUGUCACUCAUUGAGGGGUAUAAUGCAACUGUUUUUGCCUAUGGACAAACUGGAUCUGGGAAGACAUACACCAUUGGAGGAGGCCAUAUUGCUUCAGUUGUGGAGGGCCAAAAGGGUAUCAUUCCUCGAGCUAUUCAAGAAAUAUUUCAAAGCAUCUCUGAACAUCCUAGCAUUGACUUUAAUGUGAAAGUAUCUUAUAUAGAAGUGUACAAGGAAGACCUAAGAGAUCUUCUAGAAUUGGAGACAUCCAUGAAGGAUCUUCACAUCCGAGAAGAUGAAAAAGGAAACACAGUGAUUGUUGGGGCCAAGGAAUGCCAUGUGGAGAGUGCAGAUGAAGUGAUGAGUCUUUUGGAGAUGGGGAAUGCAGCCAGACAUACAGGUACCACUCAAAUGAAUGAGCACUCCAGCAGAUCACAUGCAAUUUUUACAAUCAGCAUUUGUCAAGUUCAUAAAAAUAUGGAGGCAGCUGAAGAUGGAUCAUGGUAUUCCCCUCGGCAUAUUGUCUCAAAGUUCCACUUUGUGGAUUUGGCAGGAUCAGAAAGAGUAACCAAAACGGGGAAUACUGGUGAACGGUUCAAAGAAUCCAUUCAAAUCAAUAGUGGAUUGCUGGCUUUAGGAAAUGUAAUAAGCGCUCUUGGGGACCCACGCAGGAAGAGUUCGCAUAUUCCAUAUAGGGAUGCUAAAAUUACCCGGCUUCUGAAAGAUUCUCUGGGAGGCAGUGCUAAGACUGUCAUGAUCACAUGUGUCAGCCCCUCCUCCUCGAAUUUUGAUGAGUCCUUAAAUUCUCUCAAAUAUGCCAACAGAGCACGGAACAUUAGAAACAAACCCACUGUAAACUUCAGCCCCGUGUCAGACCGUACAGAUGAAAUGGAAUUUGAGAUUAAAUUGCUUCGAGAAGCUUUGCAAAGCCAGCAGGCUGGUGUCAGCCAAACUAGCCAGAUCCAUCGAGAAGGGAGUCCUGAUACAAAUAGGAUUCAUUCUCUUGAGGAGCAAGUAGCUCAGCUUCAAGGAGAAUGUCUGGGUUACCAAUGUUGUGUAGAAGAAGCCUUUACCUUCCUCGUUGACCUAAAAGAUACUGUCAGACUAAACCAAAAGCAGCAACACAAACUGCAGGAGUGGUUUAACAUGAUCCAAGAGGUCAGGAAGGCUGUCCUCACCUCAUUUCGAGGAAUCAGAGGCACUGCAAGUCUGGAAGAAGGACCACAGCAUGUUACAGUUCUCCAGCUGAAGAGAGAGCUUAAGAAAUGCCAGUGUGCACUUGCUGCUGAUGAAGUAGUAUUUAAUCAGAAGGAACUGGAGGUUAAGGAACUGAAGAAUCAAGUGCAGAUGAUGGUACAGGAAAACAAAGGGCAUGCUGUAUCUUUGAAAGAAGCACAAAAAGUGAAUAGACUGCAGAAUGAAAAAAUAAUAGAACAACAACUUCUUGUGGAUCAACUGAGUGAAGAACUAACAAAACUUAACCCAUCAGUGACUUCUUCAGCUAAAGAACAUUGUGGAGAUGGGCCAGAUGCCAGGAUCCCUGAAAGGAGACCAUAUACUGUACCAUUUGAUACUCAUUUGGGGCAUUAUGUUUAUAUCCCAUCAAGACAAGAUUCCAGGAAGGUCCACACAAGUCCGCCUAUGUACUCUCUGGAUCGAAUAUUUGCUGGAUUUCGAACACGAAGUCAGAUGCUGUUGGGUCACAUAGAAGAACAAGAUGAGGUCCUCCACUGCCAAUUUUCUGAUAACAGUGAUGAUGAAGAAUCAGAAGGCCAAGAGAAAUCUGAAACUAGAUGUAGAAGUUGUUCAUGGAUUCAGAAGCCAGACUCUGUUUGUUCCCUUGUUGAAUUGAGUGAUACUCAGGAUGAAACACCAAAUUUGGAGAAUGAAGGUUUAAAGAUUGAUUGUCUCCAGGAGAGUCAAGAAUUGAAUUUGCAAAAAUUAAAGAAUUCAGAACGCAUACUUACUGAAGCUAAACAAAGAAUGAGAGAACUUACAAUUAACAUCAAGAUGAAGGAAGAUCUGAUUAAAGAAUUAAUAAAAACAGGUAAUGAUGCCAAGUCUGUAAGCAAGCAGUAUUCUUUGAAAGUAACAAAGCUAGAGCAUGAUGCAGAACAGGCAAAAGUCGAACUAACUGAAACACAAAAGCAGCUACAGGAGCUGGAAAACAAAGAUCUUUCUGAUGUUGCAAUGAAGGUAAAAUUACAGAAAGAGUUUCGUAAAAAGAUGGAUGCUGCAAAGCUGAGAGUUCAGGUCUUACAGAAGAAGCAACAAGAUAGUAAGAAACUGGCAUCACUGUCAAUCCAAAAUGAGAAACGUGCUAAUGAACUAGAGCAGAGUGUAGAUCACAUGAAGUAUCAAAAGAUACAGCUACAAAGAAAACUACGAGAAGAAAAUGAAAAAAGGAAGCAACUGGAUGCAGUAAUUAAGCGGGACCAGCAAAAAAUCAAAGAACUACAAUUAAAAACAGGACAGGAAGAAGGUCUAAAACUGAAAGCUGAGGACCUUGAUGCAUGUAACUUGAAAAGGAGAAAAGGUUCGUUUGGAAGUAUAGACCAUCUCCAGAAAUUGGAUGAGCAAAAGAAAUGGUUAGAUGAAGAAAUAGAGAAAGUUUUGAACCAACGCCAAGAAUUAGAGGAGCUGGAAGAAGACUUAAAGAAACGGGAGGCCAUAGUUUCUAAGAAGGAGGCUCUGUUACAGGAGAAGAGUCACCUGGAAAAUAAGAAAUUAAGAUCUAGUCAGGCCUUAAACACAGAUAGUUUGAAAAUAUCAACUCGCCUGAACUUAAUGGAACAAGAGUUGUCUGAAAAGAAUGUGCAGCUCCAGACCAGUACAGCUGAGGAGAAAACAAAGAUUUCAGAACAAGUUGAAGUCCUCCAGAAAGAAAAGGAUCAGCUCCAGAAACGAAGACACAGUGUGGAUGAAAAACUUAAAAAUGGUAGAGUGUUAUCACCUCAAGAAGAACAUAUUCUUUUCCAACUUGAAGAAGGGAUUGAAGCUUUGGAAGCUGCAAUUGAAUACAAGAAUGAAAGUAUCCAGAAUCGCCAGAAGUCACUUAGAGCAUCAUUACAUAAUCUCUCUCGUAGUGAAGCAAAUGUCUUGGAAAAACUAGCUUGCCUGAGUCCUGUUGAGAUUAGAGCUAUUCUUUUCAGAUAUUUCAAUAAGGUGGUGAAUUUGCGAGAAGCUGAACGGAAACAACAGUUAUAUAAUGAAGAAAUGAAAAUGAAAGUUCUGGAACGGGAUAAUAUGGUUCGUGAAUUAGAAUCUGCACUGGACCAUCUAAAAUUGCAGUGUGACCGGAGACUGACUCUCCAGCAAAAGGAACACGAACAAAAGAUGCAGUUGCUGUUACAUCAUUUCAAAGAACAAGAUGGAGAAGGCAUUAUGGAAACUUUCAAAACAUAUGAAGAUAAAAUCCAGCAGUUGGAAAAAGAUCUUUAUUUCUAUAAGAAAACCAGCCGAGAUCAUAAGAAGAAACUUAAGGAACUGGUAGGGGAAGCAGUUCGGCGGCAACUAGCACAAUCAGAGUAUCAUGAGCCUGGAGAUGGAGUCCUGAAGCCAGAAGAAGGAGGCAUGCUUUCAGCAGAAUUAAAAUGGGCAUCCAGACCUGAAAGUAUGAAAUUAAGUGGAAGAGAAAGAGAAAUGGACAGUUCAGCAAGCAGCUUAAGAACACAGCCAAAUCCUCAAAAGCUCUGGGAAGAUAUCCCAGAAUUACCUCCAAUUCAUAGUUCUUUAGCACCCCCCAGUGGGCAUAUGUUAGGUAAUGAGAAUAAAACAGAAAUAGAUGAUAAUCAGUUUACAAAAUCUCACAAUCGACUGUCAUCCCAAAUUAAGGUUGUGGGAAAUGUGGGACAACUUCAUGGUGUUACACCUGUAAAACUGUGUCGAAAAGAAUUACGUCAGAUUUCCACCUUGGAACUAUCAUUGCGACGUUCCAGUCUUGGAGUUGGCAUUGGAUCAAUGGCUGCUGAUUCCAUCGAAGUAUCUAGGAAACCAAGGGACUUAAAAACUUAGACAUUUAAUAAUAGAACUUUUAGUAGAUAUGUAAAAAGAUUCCUUUUUCUAACCUGUUAAAAACUAAAGCUCAAGUUCACUACCUCUUUCCUUAGAAUAAAGGAAGAAGGGGAGGAAGAAAUCCCUAAUUCUUUUAUAUGCUAUAGAUGUGUACAUCUUCUAUAUAUAUUUGGGGAGUUUUAGUUUAUAUUCCCAUAGUAAUCAAACAUGUUUUCCAAUACUUGAUAACAUUUAAAUAUUUACAUUUAUAAAUACGCUUAAAUGUUUUGCCAGGCAUAUUUGAAGAAUAAAACGAGUAAUAGACUAAAAUAUCUAUCAAGUAUGUAUUAUUAUAUAAUAUAAAGUACAUUAUAUUAUAAAAGUAUGUUACAGUAUAACUAUAUUAUUGUUAUUCUCAAAUACAAGUACAUUGUUAUUUUUUAAAAGAUCCAGCUAAAUCUUGCUUUUGUCAGAGGGAGUCACCUGCUGCAUAUGUGGGCUAAGACAACCUCUCAGCUUUAUGGAUUGAGGCUCAUUUACAGUCCUCAGAGCUCACACAAAUGGUCAGUCUUGACUUUUUAAAUAUGCUCACUGUUCUGUUUCUGGAAUUUUUUUGGAUUUUUAAAAAUUUAUAAUGCUAUCUUUUUUGUUUGCUAAUAUUAUGCAGUGUAAGUUUUCAUGUCUUUCCUGCGCUAUACACUCAAUGUAUCUCUCAUUAUGUUACUAAAAUUGGGAGAAAUGGAUGCUGUUCCAUGGAACACAGAAAUUAUAGAAUAAAAUGAAAGCAUUCUAACAUUUCAAGAGAAAGAACACUGGUUAUGACAUCUCUGGUCACAUGGAGUAUGUCUGUAAAGCUUGAAGUCUUGCUAAAGCAUCUUUAAUGAUUUGAUGGGCUUAAGUCUGAUAUUUUUUUCUGUUACCUCCUUAGUCAGGCUUUGCACACCAGCCAAACUACAUUGGGGCUGUAAAUAUGUCAAUGAAAUCUUUACUAAAAUCUCCAAGUUUUUCUGGUGAAAAUUUUAUUAUAUAAUGUACAAUUUAGUUUGGAAUUAAGAACUAAACAGUUUGCACACCAAAUGUAGUUUGUACUUUUUAACCAUAUUUUUUCAGUUAUAGGAAACAUCCAUUGUAAUGAUCUGAGGAAUUAUUUUGUUACUUAUGUUGUUCUUUGUUACUUUUCCAAAACACUUGUAAACCGAAGUUGAGUUUCUUAAACUAAUUAAUGUUUGGUUGGGGGCUAUAGCAAAACCAUCCUGACAUGGAUGCUUACUCAGAGUCACCCACUUCCUUGCUGAAUCCAUUUUUUCUGAUGUAGUGCUGCUACAGACCUUAUCCUUUUGUCCUUUCCUCUGUUUCUGUGGAUUUGAUCAUCUCACAUAGGACCCAAACUGUCACCCUGUGCUCAAAGACUUAAGGCUUCCUUUCUCUCAUUGCUAGCCCCUAGGGAGUACAGUUUCUUGGUCUCCUUGCUAAAAACCAGUUCCUUUAGGAAACAAACCAAAACAAAACAAACUUAUAAAAAGGAAAAUAGUUUAUCUCUUAAGCAUGGUACUAAAAUUUAUUUAAAUUAAAUAGAUUUCUGUGGACUUACCUGGGAAUGAAACAAUUUAUAAAUAUUGGUCCAAUGAGAUACUAUUUUCUAAAUUUC